UUCACAAGAGGCGUUGCUCUUCGGCUGUGGCGCUUCUCUGCAAGCAAAAAAGAAAUUUCCGCUUCCUGCAACGAUAAACAACUAGCGCAAGUUGAGAAACAUUCGCAGCGAGUUUGACGGUGAACGGCGGCUCCAACUGCAGCGCAGCGCGUGUCGCGAUCGGUGUAACCGAGCCUCGGUCCUCGUGGACGGAUGACGGUGCUGCAGUAGAGGAUCGGAGCUCCGACAACAGACGUUUUAUUCGGGCUUUCCUUCAUUGUUUUCAAACAUAAGGUUCCUCCAGCAUGUCGGAGCGGGGAGGGCUCCCGAGGACUGGAGGCGUACCGUCUCCACAGCCCUCCAAACCGGUGGCGAUCACCUCCAAUCGGCCGGUGCACAUGAACCUGUACGCCACCUGGGAAGUGGACCGAUCGUCCCCGAGCUGCGUGCCGAGGCUCUUCAAUCUGACUCUGAAGAAGCUGGUCAUGCUGAAGGAGCUGGAUAAAGAUUUGACAUCUGUGGUCAUUGCUGUCAAACUGCAGGGCUCAAAGCGGAUCCUCCGUUCCAACGAGAUCCUGUUGCCAUCGAGCGGCCAAACGGAAACAGAUCUGCAGCUCACGUUCUCCUUACAGUAUCCGCACUUCCUGAAACGAGACGCCAACAAGCUUCAGAUCAUGCUGCAGAGGAGGAAGAGGUACAAGAACAGGACCAUCCUGGGCUACAAGACGCUGGCGCUCGGCCUCAUCAACAUGGCGGAGGUGAUGCAGCACCCGACGGAGGGCGCUCAGGUUCUGGGUUUGCACAGUCAGCUGAAGGAGGUGUCCGUCCCCGUGGCUGAGAUUCGGGUUUAUUCUCUGUCCAGUCAGCCCAUCGACCACGAGGGACCCAAAGCCAAGAUGAACGAUCGUUCUCCAGACAUUGAUAACUACUCAGAGGAAGAGGAGGAGAGUUACUCGUCUGAGCAGGAGGGCAGCGACGACCCUGUUCAUCAUUAUCUAGAUGAUGAAGAGGACGAGGUGAGGAAGAAGAAGCCCAGACGCAAACUUACUUCUAAUGCCUCCAUUACUAGACAACCAAACAUCAAGCAGAAGUUUGUGGCUCUGCUGAAGAGGUUUAAGGUGUCGGAUGAGGUUGGUUUCGGGCUGGAGCACGUGUCCCGUGAGCAGAUCCAGGAGGUGGAGGAGGAUCUGGACGAGCUCUAUGACAGUCUGGAGAUGUACAAUCCCAGCGACAGUGGGCCGGAGAUGGAGGAGACAGACAGCAUCCUCAGCACACCCAAACCCAAACUUAGGCCGUUCUUUGAGGGCAUGUCCCAGUCGAGCUCUCAGACGGAGAUCGGCAGCUUGAACAGUAAAGGCAGUCUGAGCAGAGACCCCUUCAGCCCUCAGGGUGAGCAGCCGCCGUCAGAUAAACUCAAACAUUCACGCAGCCGCAACCUGGACGAGCCACUUUCUGAGACCGACACACUGGAACUAAAUGAUCAGGAGUUGUUCAGUGAAGUUGGACCCUCUAUAACAGUGUCUGUGCCUGAAAAACCACGAACACCCUUAAAAACCAGCAAGAACGAGCUUCAGUCCAUGCCAUCACCCAGGCUGGAUGGAGGACACACACCCCGUAAGCGCAGCACUCCGGUGAAAGACCGACAGCUCUCUAAACCGCUGAGCGAACGAACAAACAGCUCUGACAGCGAGAGAUCACCUGAGCUCGGACACAGCACACAGGUCCUCAGGAAGGCCGUCUAUGAUCAGUUGAAUCAGAUUCUGUUAUCUGAUGCUGCUCUUCCUGAGAGUCUCAUCCUGAUCAAUGGCACAGACUGGCAAGGACAGUAUGUUGCGGAGCAGCUUCAGGUUCAGAAGCAUCCUGUGGUUUGUACGUGCUCUGGUGCAGAGAUUCAGGCCGUUCUCUCGGCUCUUCUCACACGGAUACAGAAAUUCUGUAACUGUAACUCGUCAAUGCCGCGGCCGGUGAAGGUGGCGGUGGUCGGCGGUCAGAGUUAUCUGGGAUCAGUGCUGCAGUUCUUCGUCACUCAGCUUGCCAACAAGACGUCUGAUUGGCUCAAUCACAUCCGCUUCCUGGUCGUGCCUCUGGGUUCUAAUCCUGUUGCUAAGCACCUGGGUGCCCUUGACAACCGUUACAGCGCAGCCUUCCUGGACUUAGCUUGGAGAGAUACAUUUAACCGAUCAGAACCGCCACAGAUAGAUUCAGUGGACGUGGCGGCGCGCGUGGCUCAGUACAUCAGCGGAGCGGCUCUCACACACCAGCUGCCCAUCGCUGAGGCCAUGCUGACCUGCAAACACAGAACGUACGGCUCUGUCUCUCUCAUUACAACUGCACAUCGUUCACUAUUGUAUGACAUGACAGCCUUGGCCAUGUGUUUCAACUCACUUAUCACUUUCUCUUACAGGAGAGAUGAGGAUUCAUACCAGAAAUUCAUUCCCUUCAUUGGGGUGGUGAAAGUGGGUCUGAUUGAGCCUGGCCAAUCAUCAGCAGGCGACGCCGAAGAGGGCGUGGCUGUGAGUUUAGCCGUCCCCUCCACGUCUCCGCCCUCUCACGGAUCACCUGCCAGUCUGAAGGAGACGGCCACGCCCCCCUCGUCUCCCUCCAUGGGCGGCGGUUUGGCUGUGCAGGGGAGUCCCAGCAUGUCUCACGGUGCGGACGCCAUCGGCCUGCAGGUGGAUUACUGGCUGGCGUCUCUGGCGGAAAAGCGCCGUGAGGGCGAGAGGAGAGACACCGGCUGUAAGAACACUCUGAAGAGCACCUUCUGGUCGCUGCAGGUCAGCCGGCUGCCAGGAGGAGGAGCCAGCGAACCGCAGGCGCCCGUCAACACUAUGGCCAUGACCGUGGUCACCAAAGAGAAGAACAAGAAAGUUCCCACUAUUUUCCUGGGGAAGAAACCUAAAGAGCGGGAGGCGGACUAUAAGAGUCAGGUGAUCGAGGGCAUCAGCCGGCUCAUCUGCUCAGCCAAACAGCAGCAGACCAUCCUGAAAGUCACCAUCGACGGAUGCGAGUGGAACGACGUGAAGUUCUUCCAGCUCGCCGCUCAGUGGCCGACUCACGUCAAGUAUUUCCCGGUGGGAUUGUUCGGCUACAGCAAACCGCCCUCCUAGGACGGCCCACUUUCUCAACCCCGCCCCCUCAACCUGCAACCUUCACCCCAUUGCACACCACCGCUGCCGCCACUCUCAGAACGCUGGCCAAUCACAGAUGAGAUGAGGCUCUCAUGUGACUGUCUCUGGUGGGUGGGUAGGUGGAGUUGAAGACGUUCGAUUCGGCGGCUUCGAUAGACUUUUAUCAGCGCUAGUCACUUUUAUUUAUCAAAGGCCCCAGAGCCACAAACUGGGGCCAAGCACAAAAUUUGGAUACACCACCUGUCGAUGACUAUUUAACAGGAUGACACCGCUUAAAUCACACUCAACAACCCUAAAUAUGAACCUUGAUGUAACAGAUCUCUUUCAUCAUCGGCGUCCAUAACCAGCAUAAUGGAUAAAUGCAGUUUAACUCUUGCUAAAAUCUACCAUGGUAACUGUGUUUGGAGAUAAACUUACAGUUAGUUAAGUAAAAUCAGCUUUUGGAAUCUUUGUUGCUUAGCAACUAUGGAAUUUUGGCAAAAACUGUGGUUACCAUGGUAGUUUUUUGUAAACAAAGAUUCGAACUUUGAAAAAAAGCACCAGUGAAUAUUCCAAAAUUAGCAAAGUUAGCCUUUAUUAUGAGGGCGGAGUUAAACUCCAAUUUGACAUUGGAGGCGGGGCUACAAUAUGUCCGUCCGCCAAUUGAUGAGUUUUUAGAUUUCCUAAAGUCAUUUUUCGCAUAGUUUUUGUUUUAUCCUUCCAGUCGAUGAAAUCUUGAAAUGCGUUGUUGACCCCUAACCUGCAUGUCUUAAACUACAUCACCCAUAAUGCACUAGCAAAGCUAACAUUUUUAGCUCAAUUCAGUGCACGAAUUGCUUCGCCUGAUGCAGCGGCGUCUUUCGUUCCCCUCGACGUACAGAAGGUUACUAGUUCACAUGUCUGUUACCUAGAAUAAACAAUUUCAGUUUAGUUUUAUAUAUGAUUUUACACGCUUUUUUGUGUCAGUUUAGCGUUUAUUUUUAAAAGUGACCUUUUAGCUUAGAUAUGUAGCUCAUCUAAAGGUUUGAUUUCUUUUCAUAAACCAUCUCCAAAGAUCUCUGGCCAAUCAGAAUGUAAACAUUACGGGACAGAACAAAUCAGUCAUCUUUAAAACAAACUCAAAGACAAACUCGAUUUAUGAGAGAACUACGUCAUAUCAAUCAGCACAAGGCCUGAUGUAAAGGCUGGACGAGGUUGGAGGUGAAAAUAUCACCGAUUAAGCCAGCAGAUUUGGGGAAGAUGUAGUUUUAGUGUAUUUUUGGUUCUCGUGUGCAUCUUUAGACCAGUCUGGGGAGAACUUUAAGGGUUUCAUUUUCAUCAUGAAACCCUUAAUGCUAUGCACUUAAACUCGCCUUCAUUUCUUCAUAUCUUCAUCCAAAGCACAAGAAACGACCAGCUCCUCAUAUGGAAUGCCCAAUUAAACCAUAAUUCCCAAACACUACCUUUACACAACUGCAAAAACAUGAUUUUCUUAUCAUUUUUGUCUUAUUUCAGAUUUAGUUUUGUCUUUUCCGGUACAAAUAUAUAAACAAUCUUAAAUCAAGACGCAUUUACUUAAGAAGCAAAAUGACUUUAGAUAUAAAGUCUUGUUUUCUAAUUAAAAACCGUAAAAAUUAUAAACUUGUUUGAAGGAUAGACUCAGAAAACAGACUUCCUAUCUUAAGUCGUUUUGCUUUAUCUUAAUUUAAGAGUGUUUAGCUAUUUAAAAAUACUAGAAAAUAGUGCAAAAUAGGACAAAAAUACUUGAGAAUCCUUUUUUGCAGUGCAGCUGUGAACAAAAUGUCAGAACUGAUCUGAGAUCAGUAAACGUUGAGCUACAACAUCCCUUUAUUUUCUAGCUGGAGCUUGUUACAUUACUGCUAAUGGCAGCUUUCACAAAAGUAACGUGGUUUUUAUUUUGUCUAGAACUUUUGUGAGAUAUUCUUGUGAGUGGUAGGUAAUGCAACUAACAAAACGUCACUAAAAUGUGGUUUUAAAAUAAUAACAAAACAAACAACAAAAAAAAUAACUAUCUAUGAAAUGAUGUUGUGCCACAGUGAGAGUGAAGCCAGUGUGUAGUGCGUGUCGGUUUGUGCGAGUGCGUGUUUGUGGACAGUAGUGCUCACUGGUUUAAUUAGUCUGUGGUGUUAAUUAUACGUCCUUCACGGCACAAGAUUCGGCGUCUUUCCACCCGGCCGACUUCUAACCAUUGCAGCUUGAAAUGCUUGAAAUGCUGAUGAAUUUUCAAUAUACAAUGAUUGUUACAUUAUUAAUCUGUUGAACUCCUAAUAUGAAGUGAACUUCAACUUUCAUGUCAUAUUUCACCACAAAAUCAGAAUAAAGAAAUAUUUUUAAAAAAUGACAAAAAUUUUGGAACAUUUUGGAUUUUGCUGUGCAACAUGAUUGGUCUAAUUUUCUUCACAGUAAAGUGGAAAAAAAAUGUAAGUUUUGGUUGCAUACAUCGUGGUAGCAAUUCUGUUCAUUUGUGCCGAUUUCUAAAACGAACAUUUGCAUUACAGUCAAUUUUAAUUAUAUAAUUUUAAUAAAAUUGUUUCUUUCGAAUUUUGAGGUGAUGUAUGACCUGGAUAUGAGAUUCACCCCAAAUCCUUCUAAUUUAAGUAACGUUUUCUGGAAUGAAAGCCUCAUUUUUUUUUCUGUGGUUAAAAGUAUUAAGAAAAAACAAAGUAUUAAAGUCACGAUGGGUCAGUUAGAUUUUUAUUUGUUCCUGCUUCUUACAGAGAUGUUUAGCAAUAGUUUUGAAGUGUGAGUGUAUUUUUUUGUGUACAUUAAAUGCAUCUCUCCUUUGUAUGCCCGUAUUCUUAAAAACGAUUUGAGUUCAUGUUGGUUAUCAGUACCGCUCUGUUGAAAAAAUAUCCACACAUUAAUAAAUUAUCUAUAGCACAUAAGUUCUUAAUAUGUUUUUAUAUAGCUGUUUAAAUUGCAUUUUUUUUUUUUUUUUUUUUUUUUUUUAUGAAUAUCUAAAUCCUAAGGCUCGUAGGAAUACGCAUACUGUGGCUGUCAUAAAAGCUACAAGUAAUGUCAAAAAGCCUUUUAAUAUUUCAGUCAGUGAUUGUGUCUAGAGGGUUUUGCACAGUCCUGUUGAGUCUUGAUUAUUUUUUAUUGGAUCUGAAAUCAUAAAUGAUUCAGAGGGUCUGCAUGUCCACCAAAGCUUAGAGACCUUCUAGAAACGCCCCUUUAUAGAUGUUGAGUGCGUAAAGAGAAAAACCCAUGCUGAAUUUUUUUUCAAACGAAUUGAAAUGUCUGUACUGUUGUUACACUUGCUGUCCGUGUUUUAAGCUUGCAUGAUGAGCAAAUGCACAGAAACUUUCGGCAAACUUCAUACAAGUGUUUUGAGUUAAAAAACACAAUAAAUGGCAACUAUCUCGGAGUCCAGGUUCAAAUUUUGUAUGGAUAUGUAUUGAAUGGAAAAAAGGAGGGGCAAAAAAAAAAGUGUCACUGCCAAAGAGUGUCAGCUGUUACAUUUUGUUUUGUUUGUGUUUUUGUAUGUAUGGAAAAUGAUUUUCAGUAUUUAUGGAGCAGUCUGGAAUGGGAAUGGGAAGUACUGAAUUUUCCAAAUGAUUCAUUUCAAUAUGAAAAGAGUUUUCAGCAACUACUAAUUUCUGUUCCGUCACUCGAACAUGGACUGUCUCUUUAUGCGUGUGCUGUGUGGAGUCUGGUCUUUGCCUGUCCUCGUACCUCUGUAUGUACCUGUGUUGAUUUGUCAUGUGAAAGUUCAGCAACAUGAAGCGGAUUCCAGCAUUCUGACUGGUCAACUAAUUAUCCCAAUGGCCAAUCAGAAUGGCGUUUGUUAGCUUCAAAUACUUUUUGUCGAUGUAACCUGUCGGAGAGAUAAAAUGCCUGAUUUCCACAAGCUUCGGAUUCAAACUGCAGAAUCGGCCAAAGUUAGCCUGCUGUGUAAAGUAAAUCAUUGCGUAAUAUUUAGACGUGAACGUUCGAGAAGCCGAGCUUGUGGAUAAGUAUUUUUGCACAUGCAUUUAUUAUCUUUUAGCAGUCUUCAGCUCUUUGCCUUUUUGCCUUUAGACAAAAACGCUUGUACAUAUCCAAAGUGCUUGUAAUAUGAACUCAUGUUCCUUUAUUGUGUUAUUUUUUUAUUUGACAUGUUUUUGUAGUACUGCUUUUUCAUAAUUGAGUUGUCAAUCAAUAGAUGUGGUAUGGACAGUGGAAGUGUUACUUGUAUUCUUUUUUAUUUAAUAAACACACCUGAUUUGUAAA